CGCGACUCGCGGCGCUGGAGGUGGGGGCCGGGUUGCAGCCGGGCUCGUGCGUUCUGCGUCCGCCGAGGCGGUGCAGAUCCCGCUGGCUACUGAUUGUCCUUCGCGGCGGCCGCGGUCGCAGCCUCCUUGCCUCCGGGCCCGGGCUGCCGGCGCUGGAGCGAGCGGGCCACGGCUGCCCCGAGAAGACACGGCCUGCUCGGUGCGGACCGCGCGGCGGCGGUGGCUGCAGGCCGGCGGAGUGGGGCCCCCCGGCCGCGUCUGAGCGGAGCGUGUCUGCAGAGCCCGGCCGCAGCCGGCAGCCUGCAUCAUGCCAGCGCUGGCCACCGGCUCGGGGAGUGACACAGAUUCAUGAGAAGCUUCACUACUACGAGAAGCAGAACCCCAUGCCCAUCCUCCACGGCGCAGCAGCCUUGGCUGAUGACCUGGCGGAGGAACUUCAGAACAAGCCAUUAAACAGUGAGAUCAGAGAGCUGUUGCGACUCCUGUCAAAGCCCAAUGUGAAGGCUUUGCUCUCUGUCCACGAUACUGUGGCUCAGAAGAGUUACGAUCCUGUGUUGCCUCCAAUGCCUGAUGACAUUGAUGAUGAGGAAGACUCAGUAAAAAUCAUCCGUCUGGUCAAGAAUAGAGAACCGCUGGGAGCUACCAUUAAGAAAGAUGAACAGACUGGGGCCAUCAUCGUGGCCAGAAUCAUGAGAGGAGGAGCUGCAGACAGAAGCGGUCUUAUUCACGUGGGCGAUGAACUUAGGGAAGUGAAUGGGAUACCCGUUGAGGAUAAAAAACCUGAGGAAAUCAUUCAGAUUUUGGCUCAGUCUCAGGGAGCAAUUACCUUUAAGAUUAUACCCAGCAUCAAAGAGGAAACACCAUCUAAGGAAGGCAAGAUGUUCAUCAAAGCCCUCUUUGACUAUGACCCUAACGAGGAUAAAGCGAUUCCAUGUAAGGAAGCUGGGCUUGCAUUCAAAAAGGGAGAUAUUCUUCAGAUUAUGAGCCAAGAUGACGCAACAUGGUGGCAAGCGAAGCGUGAGGGUGAUGCCAAUCCCAGAGCAGGCUUGAUUCCCUCAAAGCAUUUCCAGGAAAGGAGAUUGGCUCUAAGACGACCAGAAGUGUUAGUCCAGCCCCUGAACGUUUCCAACAGGAAAUCAUCUGGUUUUAGGAGAAGUUUCCGUCUUAGUCGAAAAGAUAAGAAAACAAAUAAAUCCAUGUAUGAAUGCAAGAAGAGUGACCAGUAUGAUACAGCUGACGUGCCCACUUACGAGGAAGUGACCCCCUAUCGGCGACAGACGCAUGAGAAAUACAGACUUGUUGUCUUGGUUGGUCCUGUAGGGGUGGGUUUGAAUGAGCUGAAACGGAAGCUGCUGAUCAGUGACACACAGCACUACGGAGUGACGGUGCCCCAUACCACCAGACCAAGAAGAAGCCAGGAGAGUGAUGGUGUUGAAUAUAUUUUCAUUUCCAAGCAUCUGUUUGAGACCGAUGUACAAAAUAACAAGUUUAUUGAAUACGGUGAAUAUAAAAACAACUACUAUGGUACGAGUAUAGACUCCGUUCGGUCGGUCCUAGCUAAGAACAAAGUUUGUUUGUUGGAUGUUCAGCCUCAUACAGUGAAGCAUUUAAGGACACUAGAAUUUAAGCCCUAUGUGAUAUUUAUAAAGCCUCCAUCAAUAGAGCGUUUGAGGGAGACGAGAAAAAACGCAAAGAUUAUUUCAAGCAGAGAUGACCAAGGUGCUGCAAAGCCCUUUACAGAAGAAGACUUCCAAGAAAUGAUUAAAUCUGCACAGAUAAUGGAAAGUCAAUAUGGUCAUCUUUUUGACAAAAUUAUAGUAAAUGAUGAUCUCACUGUGGCAUUCAAUGAGCUAAAAACAACUUUUGACAAAUUAGAGACAGACACCCAUUGGGUCCCAGUGAGCUGGUUACAUUCAUAACUAAGGGAGAUGUCCACUGUCUUUUUUGUAGAGUGCAUGAUUAACUCAGUUACCAUUUUGGUGUUGGGGUUUUUUAAAAACUGUAUCACUGUUAUAGAUGUGCAAUCUUCGUUAAAAUUGAAUGUUGGUUUUAUUUGUGUCUUUUUACAAUCUUAUUUCAAACACAGUGUUUGAGUAUAAGAUCCAAAAUCAAAAUUGGCACAGUACUGUAUUCUGAGCAAAACUUUGAACUCUCUGGAUGUCUUUAACAUAUAUCUCCAAGAUGAGGUUGAACUUUUUAGAGAGACAGGUGGGUGUUCAGUGUUUCGGUUGGUCUCAGACGUGGUCCCCUGCCAUUGAGAUUGCAUGUUAGCUGUUGAAGGUAUUAACUUAGCAGCCUUGACCAGCUCCAGACAAGACAGCUUUGUUGUCUUUGGGUGGCUCACCAUAGAUUCAUCUGGGCUGGCAGCAACGUGCAGUCCUCUUAACUAUUCUAAAAGGACAACCUUUUUCUUACAUAGAUACAGUAUAUUCACAGUGUGUGCAUUUAAGAAUCUUUAUACUGAGAAUUUGCCUUAGUGAAUGGUCUUUGUGUCACAAUUUAAGAAGAUCUUUUGAGUGCGUAUCAGUAACUCAACAGAUAUUUUAUAAGGGAAGAUAGACUUUUAAAAAUUACUACAUAUAUAACUAAAAACCUCAAGAAUUACUACAUAUGUAACUAAAAACCUUUCCUUAUGGCUUUAAUCUUAGUAAUAUGUUGGAGCAAGUCAUGAUUAUAAAGGACAAUUUUAUUUGUAAGUCCUCAGACAAUUCUGGAGUCACCAGAAAUUCUGGAGCCAGGCAUCUGGCUUUGGAUUUUCCCCAUAAAUGGUAAGAACAAUUCCUAGUCUAAAAGUAGGUUUUUCAUGCUACUGAUACAGUUAAAGGAAAUGUGCUCAUUUUUCAAGUAUGUGCAACUGAUCACCGUAUAUUUAAAUUGCAUUACAUGAUGUGUUUCAGGAAACUUUUCAUGUACUGGUAACUUAUUUGUCAUUAAACUAUUUCAUGGGCUUGAUACCAUACUAAUCUUGCCAUUUUCAAAUAAGUUUAAGACUGUGAUCUUUAGAUGGGAUCUCAUUUUUGAUACUAGUGAUCUUCAGCAGGUGAAUUAUAUGGCUCAAAAUAUGAGAACUUUCUAUAGUUGUAUCAGAGAACAUGUCCUCCCACUCUUGUAUGCAGUAAGACCCUGCCAGUCAAAAGUCAUCGCGUGUAUGACUUUCAAACAGAAAAGAAAUUAUUUUUUGUUGAUUGUAAAGAGAGUUUAGAUAUCAUGUUUAAAGAAAAAUAGUAUGUAGUGAAAUUUUAUAUAUUUAUGAAACAUUUGAAAGGCAUAUUUUUUUAAUUCCCAAAUGGAGCUAUUCAUAAAGUAAAUUGUAUGUAAAGAUGUCAUAAUUUAAAAUAGUAGUUUUAUAAGUCAUGGUCAACAUUCCAUGUAAAUACUUGACCUUUAUUCGUACAUGGAGUCACAAAUGUGUUAUCUGUGCCCUGCACACUGGGUAGCAUGAUUCAGUGGGUUUCCUUCAGGCACAUCAGAUUUCACCUCAGAAACAGACAGAAGUUACUGCAGUGGCCUUGGUACACAGAGCAAAACAGAUAACCUGACAAUGUUACUUAACUUAGAACUUGCUAUUUGGACUAUGUUCUUAAAUAGCAAGCAGUUUAGUUUAAAAAGGGGUUGGAGGGGUUGCCAAAUCUGAAACUGAUGCCAGACUUUAAAGUUGUGUGGCUGGUCUAAGAAAAUACAAGUCUCUCUUACUGAGAUGGUUUGAUUAGAAUAUUCUCUUUGAACACUGAUUUCGGAUCAAUCAAGGCUUCCUAUAAAGAGUCAUAGGAAAUGAAUUAGGAUUUAGGCAGUCCAAAUUUUUUGUUCUGAACUAAUACAUGGUGGAUUUUUUUUGGUUGGUUCUUCGUCUUUUUCAUUUGCAGAUAAUUACCUCAAUUCUUUACUGUGGAGGUUAGAGAUACUGUAAAGUGGUGGAAACAGAGUCCUUUUUGGUGGUGGUGAUGGAGGUGUUAAUAAAAAUAUAAUUGUCCAACCUUUCUCCCUUUUUACACUAGAGCUGAACAGUAUUUUUUAAAAUAAUGAAAAGAAAAGUGGCACUUCAGCAAGCUGAGAAAUCUUUUAUCAGGUAAUAAACAUACAUGGUCUUGCAAGUGACAUUUACAUGGCCACCUUCAUUCUUAGAAAGAGAUUCAGUUAAAAUUGACUAACGCAGGGCCAACUCCAAGGGCUCGUUAGUAAAUGUAGCAAAGGGCCCUUGACUCUGCACCUGCAGCCCCCCGCCCCCUCUCUAGCAAGGAGGGACUAGUUCUGCAGGCAGCCUGCUCCCGAGACAAUGUCAGCCACUAUUUGAGAGAAUAGUAACAUUUAUUUUUUUAAGUCCAUAUAUUUAAAAUCUAAGAUCAAGAAAAUAAUUCUAUAUUCCCAUUGUUAACAAAUCAGAAGCUGUUUUUUUAAAGAAGAGUGAAUUGAAAUAUAAUUUUUUACCAUUGUUUCACUUACCAGUAUAGAUAUCACUGAUACCUUUAAGGCUGAUGUUCUGGUGUUAUGUUACGAUUGAAUGUAUCUAAAUUGUAAUAAUUUAAAAUUGACAAAUAUGUAAAACAAAGCUAUGUUGUUAAGUUUCCUGAUGAUACAGAUUUUUAUUAUUUAUUUUCUUUCUGACUAGUAAGAGUUUAUAAAUAAAUGUAAUGGAAAACCCUUGAUCUUAAUAAAUAAACUAUCUUCAAAUUA